UAAAGGCAUGUUUUCAGUGCCUAUAUGUAGAUGUCGAUGUUAAUGAGCAGCCUAACCAACGCGGGUACUGGACAGAUAACUUCUGUUCGGUUCGGUUCGGUCCAGCUCGAGCGGAGCCCUGUCACUCACCGUGUGUCCAACCUGUCUCCCACAUUAUAAACAUCAGCGAGGAAGAAAAUAUUGAUGACGUAAGAAUGAGCGCGAUAACUCGGAGCCGUGUUCACAUCAAAGGUUGUCGAGCGGCUUCCACACGUCGCGUCACAGACCAAGAAGCACGCGCAGUGUUCGUUCACAUCACGCAAAGAGUGUCGCCAGACUUCACCUCAGCGCCAACGUGUUGCUGGACGUUGUUGUCAGAUUGUGACCCCGGAUUGUGAAUGACUUUUCACUGUGAUGUUUUUACGCAAUGUUUGACAGAAUCUGAUUCAACAGAGACCAUCUACGAUCUGCAAGAUGCAUAUGAAUAGUAUAUUAAGUCAAUGCAACAUUUCCAGGAUGUGUGAUGUGGAUGUGUCCUCGGAGCCCACCAGUCCCACCUUAGUAGGUGAGUCUUCAGACCAGUACUACAGUGUGGACCGUUGGCAGAAGCUGCGCACUGCGGUCCGCAAGCUAGAGUUCUGGGAAAACUUUAGCGCCGAGCUAAUUGGGAGCGGCUUCUUCUCCAAAGUCUACAAGGUCACGCACAACACCAGUCGCAAGGUGAUGGUGGUAAAGAUCUACAAAAACGAUGUUGACCAGGACAGCAUCAUACGAGAGAUUAGUCUUCUGCAGAAACUCUCCCACCCCAACAUCGUUAGGUAUCUGGGAAUCUGUGUAAAAGAUGACAAACUAUACCCAAUCCUAGAGUAUGUAAAUGGUGGUUGUCUGGAGGAGCUGCUGGCCAGGAAAGACGUGUCCCUGUGCUGGAAAGAGAAGGUGGACUUGGCUUGUGACAUUAGCAGAGGAAUGAUCUACCUGCACUACAAGAACAUUUACCACCGAGACCUGAACUCCAAGAACUGCCUGAUCCGGCUGACGCCCCGGGGUCGGGAGGCCCUGGUGACAGACUUCGGCCUGGCCAGGGAGGUGGUGGAGUUGCCAGUCAAGGAUCCAGGCAGGAAGCUGUCACUAGUGGGCUCAGCCUUUUGGAUGGCCCCUGAGAUGCUGCGAGGGGAACCGUACGACCGCAAGGUGGAUGUCUUCUCCUUUGGCAUUGUGCUUUGUGAAAUCCUGGCCAGGAUUCCUGCUGACCCCGAGAUACUUCCCAGAUCACAGGACUAUGGGCUGGAUGUGAACUCAUUCAAGGAGCUGGUCGCAGACUGUCCUCAGCGUCUGCUGGAACUAGCAUCCAGCUGCUGUUUGGUGGAAUCCUUCAGACGCCCAGCGUUCGCAGAGCUGCUGGACGACCUAGCAGAAGUGGCAGAGAGCCUGGAGCCGCCAGCAUUGGAUCUGACCACGAGCUGAGUGGACCAGUAAACAUGUAGAAGCUCCAGUGGUUCAGUAGGUAGAACACAGUGGGACCAGAGUGGGACUGUAGUGUACAUACAGUAUGGGUUGGUGGUGUCAGCAGUGUGUUACUGUAAAUACCCUCUGCCUGUUCGUUGGAAUCUGAUGGUGCGCGUCAGCAACAGCAGCAUCUGCUGCCUGAAACAUGACGGGCGCAGGAUCUGAACUCAUUCAUUGUUGUGUUGAAGCUUAAAGAAGCAGAGGUCUGUCAGGUUUCUGUUUCUGUAUAUAUUAAUAUUCAUUUUACUUCCAUUAAAGUAUAUUUUUCUGGAAUGCUACUGACGUUUUCCAGCUUUAAAGAGUAAACACGCUUAGAACUUACUCAAAUGAACCUCUGAAUAAACUGACAAACAAUAAGGUGUCUGUGUGAAUUCUAACCAAAAGGCUCUUUUUUGGCGUCCAGCUGCACCUGAGGUUGGGAUGCAACUGGCCACUUUAUUAGGGAAACUUAGAGUUCAAACUAACUAACAAGGCGAUUAUUAUGAUUAACUCUUAACACAAGGUUAGAGAGUCUGGACUAGAUGUUUUUGAAAAUCAUUAUGAGCAAACUAGAACAACACACCUGCUCUGAGCAUCCUGACACAGGAACCGUGUUAUGGUGGAAACUGUUUCAGCAGAGAUAAAAGCAUCUCCUGGUCGGAUGUCUGUACUUUGUGUAUUAAUGCUGAAUGUUUAUAGGUUUAUUGAAGUGCUGCUGAUCAUGUUACCUGUGUCUUUGAAGCUUUUAAGCCUAGUGAGUGGGAGCAUAAUGGAAAAACACUUCCUUUGAGACACACAGCCCUUCACUAGCCACUGUGUCCUCCCAGUAUGAAGGUCAUGAAAGAUUCAUUGGUUCAGGUUCAACACCAGAAUAGAAAGAAUAGGCUUAAUGAGGAGCCGUGACCCUAUAUUGUGUGCAUGUGUGCGUGCGUGCGUGCGUGCGCGUGAGAAACAUUUUAUAUUCGAUUUCUAAAAUUAAAACCUGUGUCUCCCUGUUAUGAACAUGUAAUACAGUCAUGACAGCCCCUUUUUUCCAAUAUUAUUAUAUUAGUAAUAAAAACUGUUUAUUACAUCCUGA